GCAGAGUUAGAGAAGCCACUGUAACACAUAGAUCCGAGAUGGCCACCACCAACAGCCAGAGCCACUACAGCUACGCCGACAACAUGAACAUGUACAACAUGUACCACCCCCACAGCCUGCCACCCACCUACUACGACAACUCGGGCAGCAGCUACUAUCAGAACAGCGCCAGCUACCAGGGCUACCAGAGCUACUAUCCCCAGGAGAGCUACGCGGAGAGCUCCUACUACUACAACAACCAGGAGCAGGUGGUCCAGCCGCCCACUGCCCAGCCCACCACCCCGCCGCCCAAGUCCGCCAAACGCAAGGCCGAAGAGGAUGCCGCCUCCAUCAUCGCCGCCGUCGAAGAACGCCCCAGCACCCUGAGGGCCCUGCUGACCAACCCCGUCAAGAAGCUUAAGUACACCCCCGACUACUUCUACACCACCGUCGAGCCGGUGAAGAAGGCCCCCACCGUGCCCUCCAAGGUCGCCGCCAGCCCCGCCCCCAGCUACGAGCAGGAGUACGUGGCCGUGCCCACGCCCAGCGCCUCCGAGGAUGUCGACUACCUGGACGUCUACUCGCCCCAGUCGCAGUCUCAGAAACUGAAGAAUGGCGACUUUGCCACCCCGCCGCCGACCACGCCCACCUCCCUGCCGCCCGUCGAGGGCAUCAGCACCCCACCCCAGUCGCCGGGGGAGAAAUCCUCGUCAACUGUCAGCCAGGAGAUCAAUCAUCGAAUUGUGACAGCCCCGAACGGAGCCGGCGAUUUCAAUUGGUCGCACAUCGAGGAGACUUUGGCAUCAGAUUGCAAAGACUCGAAACGCACCCGCCAGACAUACACCCGCUACCAGACUUUGGAGCUCGAGAAGGAGUUCCACUUCAAUCGGUACAUCACCCGCCGUCGCCGCAUCGAUAUUGCCAACGCUUUGAGCCUGAGUGAAAGGCAGAUUAAGAUCUGGUUCCAGAACCGACGCAUGAAGUCCAAGAAGGAUCGCACGCUGGAGAGCUCCCCGGAGCACUGUGGUGCGGGCUACUCGGCGCUGCUGCCGCCCCUGGAGGCCACCGCCACCGUCACCGCCACCACCUCGGUGCCCAUGUACCACCACCAAGCCACCACCGCCUACCCCGCUUACAGCCACAGCCACAGUCAGAGCCACGGCCACGGCUAUGGUCUGCUCAAUGAUUACCCUCAGCAGCAGACCCACCAGCAGUACGAGACCUACCCGCAGCAGUACCAACAGCAGUGCAGCUACCAGCAACAUCCGCAGGACCUGUACCAUCUGCCCUGAGGUCCUCAGUUGCUCGGUUUCUCGGUUCCCCCGAGCGGAACCGAAAUCCGUACCGCCACAGACCCGAACGCACUUCUCUCGACCAUUUGUAGGUGACACGCAAAUGGCAACAGCCGAGAACGAAGCUGCGACGCGAUGAGUCGCACAGUGGAAGGCGCACUCCCUACGGUGCCCAGGACAUUUGGGCACGAGGACGAGUGCGCAUGUGCAAGGCAGACAGGAAGAGAGGAAGAGGAUCCUUGCUGCGAGCGGAACCCAGUGGCUGGCCAUGAUGGGUUCUCAGCGAUCGAUUAGCUGCGGCCAAACACAAGCCCAAAACACUCAGCUGGGAGGCUGAUAAUGGCCAAAGGACUUGGAGACUGACACAUGUUU